GAGAGUAAACAAAAAAGGAUAGACGCUAGUAUUCUUUUUUAUUUACUCUUUGUCUCGCUCUAUCGAGGUUAUCGAGACGACGGAAGCGCUUUAGCUCGCGACUAGACGCACGUAAGUAGCGUGAGUGGGGAUGUCUCAACCGCGUAGUAGCGCAUAUUUUUAGCGUGUAUCUUUUGUUAAGUCCUAGCGACUUGUUUGGUAAGGACGUGUUCGUGCAAGUCUCACGCGACGAUUUCGAAUUUCAUGAUUCGGGAGUAAAGUAGGAGCAAUAUCGUUAUAUUCAGAGCCCCGAACUGCGCGCGAGAUUCCAGUGUAUUAAGAAUACGAUUUUCGUGGAAUUGAUUUGCAAUUCCCAGAUUUCAAUUACUGCUGACAGGAGAUGACUGUGAGUGUAAAAUUCCGAAUGUUUCAAUGAAACAGACCCGUGCUCAUAGAUUUAUUUAUCUUUUUGCACUUCUCUCCUGCGCUCUCUACGCACAUUUCUCUGAUUGCUCGUAUGAACUUGCAAACCAGUCGCUUACCGCUCAUUUUCAAUUUAGUUUCGCUUAAAGCUAGCUUCGUACUGCGUUUCUCGCUUCUCUGACAAUCGAAAUGUCCGGACCAAAACAUCGAAAAGUUGAUUCGGAGAAUCGAGCUUUUCAAUUGCAAUGGACUGAAGAGUAUUUCUUCAUCUUCAUUGAGAAAUAUGCCAAACCAAUAUGCUUAAUUUGCAAUGAAACCGUGGCGGUUAACAAGGCCGCUAACUUGAAGCAACAUUAUAAUUCAAAACAUGCCGCUAAAUAUGACAGAGAAUACCCAAAAGGAUCUCUACGUAAUGAAAUAGCAUCGCUCCAAAACUCAUAUGAACAAUCAAACUUAAUAAUGAAACACGCUCUGACUGAGCAGGAAAAGUGCACCGAAACUUCUUUACGAAUCUCUUGGAUUAUGGCGAAAAAUAUGAUUCCCUAUUCUCACUCUAAAGUAAUUAAGUUAUGCUUACUUGAAGCCGCGAAUAUACUUUUCGAAAAUAAAAAAGAAGUGUCCGAAACAUUGAAGAAAAUUCCUUUGUCGCGCAACACGGCAACUAAAAAAAUUGAAUCUUGCUCAAGAUCAGUCCAAGAAAACAUUUUGCGUAAUCUGCAAAAAGCAAAAUUUUCACUUGCAAUUGAUGAGUCAACUGAUAUUUCUGAUAUUUCGCAAAUGGCAGUUUAUGUUCGGUAUCUUUGGAACAGUGAAUUCAAAGAAGAACUUUUAACAUUAUUGCCACUUCACGAUCGCACAACCGGUGAAAUACUAUUCAAAAAUUUUCAAAAGUUCAUGGAAUCUGACAAUCUUUUGUUUGACAAUAUUUUUUCGAUAGCAACUGAUGGUGCACCGGCUAUGACUGGUAAAGUCAAUGGUUUCAUUGCAUUCAUGAAAAAUCUAAAUUCCAAGAUUAUUGCUUUGCACUGCAUAAUUCAUCAAGCUGUUCUUUGCGCAAAGCUUUCUGGCGAUCUUAAGAAUGUCAUGACAGCAGUUAUGAAAAUAGUUUAUUUUCUGCGCUCGCAUUCGGCUCUACAACAUCGUUUACUAAGAGCAUUUUUGCAAGAAUGUGAAAGCGAGUACAUAGAUUUGCUUGUUCACAAUGAUGUUCACUGGCUAAGUAAAGGCAAUGUAUUGAACAGAUUGAUAUGCUUACUACCAGAAAUUCAUAGUUUUCUUGACUCUAGAAAUACUAAGACUGCUAAUGAGUACUUCCAAUUUUUGGGUAACAUAGAGAACGUUGGCAAAAUUUGUUUUUUGGGCGACGUGUUCUCCCAUUUUAAUGAACUGAACAAAGAUUUGCAAGAUAAGAACAAGGUUCUCUGCGAUAUGUGGGAAAUAAUAAAAGCAUUCCAGCGGAAAUUGCAGUUGUUCGAAAACGAUCUAAAUUCAAAGGAAUUACUUCACUUUCCUUCAUUGAAAGCUCAUAUUGAAGGAAAUCCUGAUGAAGACAUUGACAUGAACACUUUUGUCAAGUUUUUACAUGAAGUGCAGAUCGAAUUUUCUUCGCGGUUUUCAGAAUUUAGCCAAAUCUCUGAUUUACUCACUGCCUUAAAGAAUCCAUUUUCUAUGGAACCCAACGGUAACUGGGUUACACAAGCUAUGCAUCUUUUCAGUGAUUACGUUGAUAAAGCCAGGCUUCAGCUGGAAACUAUCGAAUUGCAGAAAAACAGUGUAUUGAAAGAAAGCUAUCAAGCAGCACAGAUAACCAAGUUUUGGACUGAUAUUUUGCCUGAUGAAACUUAUCCUAAUUUACGAAAGAUAGGUUCUUUUGUAUUGACAAUGUUUGGAUCAGCUUAUGUUUGCGAAGCUGCAUUCUCAAAAAUGAAUUAUGUGAAAAGCAAGUUUCGAAACCGUUUAACUGACCGUCAUCUUGAGGAUUGUUUGGUUGCUGCUACUACUAGUUACAACCCUGAGUUUACCAAGUUGGUCAAAGACAGCAAAUCGCAAUUCUCACAUUAGUUUUUAUUUGGAAAAAUAUAUAUCAAAAGUUUUCAAAGAUGAAAAAUAACGUAGAAAGACAGUAAAAGACA